AUGCGUCUUAAUAAUCGUGUACGUAUUAUUGAACGUAAUGUUUCUGUCAGUAUGAGGUACUUAGAAGAACUUAGUCAAAGUUAUCGUCGUCAAAUGGAACGUUUAGCACGUUCAUUUAAUCUUACUUAUGCUUGGUUAAAAGUAACAGCUCAUAGUGCUGAAGAACGUGAUCGUCAACAACAACAUCGUAUUUCACAAUUAGAAUUACAAUUGAGUGAUUUAACUACACGUAUAAAAUCUCGAUUAUUGAAUUCAUUACCUGCUUCUUCGUCAUCUGGUCAACCGGAUUUAACAUUAACAUCUUCUCCUCUAUCUUCCAACACUUCCAGUUCAUCAUCAUCAGAAUCAGUAGUCACAACACCAGCCAAUACUGGAGGGACUGUAUCAAGUUCAUCUACUUCAAAAUCAUCAAAUUUAGUCACAUCACUUACUUCUCCACCACCAUUGCCUGAUUUUGAAAGUUCUCUAGAUUGGAAUCCAUGGCUUAAAUCUCAACAUGAUGAUUGGUAUAUGAUGGUUGAUGGUGAUAUGGUUGUAGGUAAUAAUAAUGAAGAUGUUGAUGAUGCGGAAUUUGAAUCAGAUGAUAGUUAUCAGACAAAUGAUGAUGUUUAUCUAUCAAGAUUAGAUGUUACUACUGCCACAUUGUCGAAAAAUUAUAAAGAAAAAUUUAAACAAACUACAACUGGCACUACAAACUCUAAAAGUCAUCAUAUUAACAGUGAUAGUGGUGGUAGUAGUGACAACAACCUUCUCAGCCCCAGCAGUAGUAGUGUCAGUAAUAAUCCAAAUGAAUACAAUGUAAAAUCUUUAUUCAAGUCAUAUUUAUCUAGGAGAGAUUAUAAAGAUCAACAUUAUCAUAUGGAAUCAUCAUCAUCAUCAUCAUUGUUCUCAGAAUGGAAACAAUUCGUACUUGGUUUGUUAUGGUUACAGUUCAGUUGGCCUGUAUGGUUAUAUAAUUUUGGAGUAUUUAUUCAUGAUUUCUGUCAAAUGAAUACAAUGAUUUUAAACAUAUUCAGUUUGAUAUUUCUUCAUAUAAUAUUAGCAUCCAUUGUUCAUUUGAUCAUUUAUUGGAUUUGGCUUAGACCUAAAAAUCAUAUGAUCAGUAAAUUUGAUACAGAAUUAUUAUUAUUAUCUAAUUUAUAUCAAGUAUUAUAUUGUAAAAAAAAUCCUCAAAAUUCUAAUAGUUGUAUUGUAUAUUUGAAUCCAAUGAAUUCUAAACAACAUAUAACACAUUUACUUCCUUCAAUCAAUAUUAAUACAACUACUAUCAAUGAUAUUAAUAAUAAUAAUCCUCACAUUAUGAUAAUGUUGGUAGUGAACACCAUGAUCAUGAAUAUGACAGGAAUCAGUCUUUUGACAAAACAUCUAGCAUUAUUCUUACAAAUACUAUGA